AUGGGAGGAUAUAUUAGUUUUCCAUUUCAAAAAGAUUCAAGCUCGAGAGUCAAGGAGAUUGAUAAAGCAAUCGCAAGUCUCAAACUAAUGAGAGACGAGAUUAGAAGAUUUCGGAAUAAACUGCAAAAUCAAAUCGACAUAGCAAAAGAAAAUGUUCAGCAUUGCAUUAGAAAUAAAAAUAAAAGAUUAGCUUUGCUUAAUUUAAGAAGACAGAAAUAUAUAGAGAGCGGCCUAAAGCAAGCUGAAAGCAGCUUGUAUAAUAUUGAACAGACUAUAUCAGGUAUAGAAAGUUCUCAGAUUCAAGCUGAAGUAUAUAAAUCUUUAAAAAGCGGGAAUGAUGUAUUGAAAAAUUUUCGAAAUGAGAUUUGCAUAAGCCAAGUGGAAAAGUUAAUGGAAGAAACUGAAGAUGCAAUUAUAUAUCAAUCAAAGAUAAACGAUGCAUUAUCAUCUAAAGGUAUUCUUGAAAGAGACGAAGAUCUAUUAGAUGAACUAGAAAAUUUAAGUUGCGAGAUAGAAGCUACAGAUGAGUUGCCUAUAGUAAGAAAUAUCAGAAGAAAUGAAGAAGAGAUAUCUCUGCCAUCUAAAAAAAUAUGCUUAACUAACUGCUAA